GAGAUGAGAUGAAUUAUAUAUAUCACGGCCGAUAUACCCGAAAUAUUCGAAAGCCAGAUUUACUUGUGCCAAGACGUGUCAAUGAAGACGGAAGUUUCAACACAUUUUCAUUACCACAUUUUUAUAAUCGUGCUGAAGUGACUGAGAGAAAAAAAAGAUCUAUAGAUUCAAGUGUGGAUAAGUUACAUUUAAUGCUGCCUUUUCAUGGAGCUGAUCAUCAUGUUGAGUUGAUGCCAUAUCAUGAAUUCAUUUCACCGGAAAUGGUUAUUGAGACGAGGGGCGACGGGCCAGUUAACGACUUGAAUGCAAGACUGAGGUUCAAAAGGGUAUCAGAAAAUCAGUGUCAUUACAGAGGUUUUGUGAGGGGCCAUUCACACUCCCGGGCUGCAUUGUCCUUCUGUGAUGGAGUGGCUGGAUAUAUUCAGACGGAUCAUGGAAGAUAUUUCAUCGAGCCAAUGAGUGAAUCAAAGCCGGGAAAUGACGGUCAGCAUGUGCACAUGAUUUACAAAAACCAAGCGCCACAUGAAAAGGAUUCGCCAGAGCAUUUCUGCGGAACUGGGGAUGACUGGAGAUCUGCGUGGGCGGAGCAACUGGUCAAGAAGAAUCAACGUUCCCUGGAAGUUGGUAAUUCAAAAUCAUUGAAACGUGCUGAUACGAAGAAUCUAAAUUCCGGGACGCACAGUAUUCAUCGUUUCAUUGAGCUGGGAGUUGUUGCGGAUAAAAAAUUCCUCGAUUUUUAUGCGGGGAGCGAUUAUGAGAAGUAUUUACUCACGAUUAUGAAUAUGGUCUCCGAUUUCUAUCAUGAUUCUUCUGUGGGCAAUCAAAUCGACGUCGUUGUUGUAAAGAUAACUUAUCUUGAAGCUGAAAAGAAAGAGAUUGACUUGUCGAUUUCACCAAAAGCAGAGAAAACACUCGAGAGUUUCGCAGCUUGGUCAGAAAAAAUGAAUCCAAAAGACCGCACCCAUCCAAAUCAUUUCGAUAUAUCAGUUCUCAUUACCCGCCAUGAUAUAUGCUCUGAGGAGUCUGGGUGCACUUUGAUGGGAUUAGCGUAUGUCGCGGCCGCGUGCGAUCCUCCGAAAGCGGCAGCCAUCAAUGAAGACUCGGGUCUUCUCCUUGGAAUUGUGACAGCUCACGAAAUUGGUCAUGUAAUGGGCUGCUCACAUGAUGAAGAAAAUGUCAGUGGGUGUUCUCCCCAGGAUAAAGAUCAAAGUUACUUCCUUAUGUCUCCCAUCGUCUUCAUUUACACACUGCGAUGGUCCACGUGUAGCCGAAAGUUCAUAACGAACUUGCUUGAGAGUGGUUUAGGAGAAUGCUUGAACAAUGACCCAAGAAAUCCACCAGCAAAGUAUAAACUUCCUGAUAUGCUUCCGGGAGCAAUGUAUGAUGCGAAUUUUCAAUGCAGCCUUGAUGAAAAAACAUCAGUUCUCUGCGAACGGGGGCAGGGCUUGAACUGUGAGCAGUUGUGGUGCAAAAAUGGCACUACCUGUUUCUCAAGAAAUGCACCUCCAGCAGAAGGUACUAAGUGUGCGGAAAAUAAGUGGUGUAUAAAAAAAAAAUGCGUUGACAUGGGCUCAAGACCAGCGUCUGUGCACGGUGGAUGGGGUGAUUGGGGUUCGCAAAGUGCGUGUUCGAGAACCUGCGGUGGUGGUGUAAAGGUCACUGAACGCGAAUGUAAUAAACCUCCACCCUCAAACGGUGGCAGAUACUGCAUUGGAGAAAGAAAAAAAAUUACAAUAUGUAAUACUUCGCCGUGCGAUCCAUACACACCAAAUUUUCGAGCUAUCCAAUGUUCUGAGUUCGACACAAAGCCAAUUUUGACUGAUGGAUUGCAUCGGUGGAAACCCUUUUACAGAGAUGAUAUUGACAUGUGUGCAUUAUACUGUAUGAAUGAGAGGAAUACUUUCGUUAAAUUAGCGCCAACAACUAAAGAUGCAACACCCUGCAAAGCAGGAACCAAUUAUAUGUGCAUUUCUGGAUCAUGCAGAAAAGUUGGAUGUGAUUGGCAAUUAGAUUCUGAUGCAAUAGAAGACAAGUGUGGUGUUUGCAAGGGCGAUGGUACCCAGUGCAGUCCUGUGGAGGGAGAAUAUACUAAGACGCAACUCAAGGAUUACCAACCAGUGAUAACAAUUCCGAAAGGUGCCCGAAGUAUUCGCAUAGUAGAGAAGGCAUCAUGUGAGAAUACACUUGCAUUGCGGACAGAAAAGGACGCCACAUUUUGUUUAAAUGCUAAUCACAAAGAGCAAAAGAAUGGUGAGUACGACUGUGGUGGUACAUCAUUGAUGUACACUCAUCCUGAAGGAGAUCGUGAAGAAAUUGACAUAAAAGGACCACUUGUAGAAAACAUCGAACUCAUGUAUACGUUCUUUCGCCCGAGAGAGAAUCCGGGUGUCAAGUACACGUGGUACGUCAUGUCCGGCGCUAAACCCGAUUACGUACCGAAGUAUGCAUGGGAUUUUACUGAAUGGUCAAAAUGUGAUGCAAAAUGUGGCGGUGGAACUAUGAACUCAGAACCGUCUUGUAUUGAACAGCAGAAUGGAAUAGUUUCAGCGAAUUUUUGUCAAAACUUACCCAAGCCGGAGCCCAAGAUAAGAGUAUGCAAUGAGCAGCCCUGUCCAGCCAAGUGGAGAGUCAGUCAAUGGAGUAAGUGUAAUGCAUGCGAUGGUAAAAAAGGUACGAAGCAUCGUAAAGUUCAGUGUGUAAAACCUGCGGCUCAUCCUGGUGGUGAUGAUGUUCAAGCAGAUUUCAAAGUGUGCAAGGGACGCGUCCCGAAGCAGAAGGAAGAUUGCGUCGGUAAAAGGCCAUGUAAAACAAUGUGCCCGAAGAAGACGCGACAAUCUAACGAAUUGUCUAGUGAUGUUGAGGCCAAUAACGAUCAAUCUAUUAAAAUUUUACAAUCGCAAUACCUGAAACACGGAGAGAAUGAAUUGGAUAAUGACGAAAAAGUAAAAGAUCAUGAGGAAAAACGAACAUGCCACGACAAUGAUAAUUUUUCCAGACCAAUAGAGGAAGAUAUUGAAUUCAGGAAAUUCAGUACACCGAAACCUGGAUCAAUUAUUCAGGAUCAUAAUCCAGCUGAAACGGCUGUAUUGUAUGAAGUGCCAGUGAAAGACGAUUCUCUUCAAUUCAAUUUAUCGGAUACAGCAUUUCAUGAUUUCGGAAAAUCAUUACCUAUCGAGCUCGACACGUCUCGGGAAACAAUGUACACAGGUGCAGAAGCCCUUAAACUCAUCCACAAUAUGGCUAACGGUAACAUGACACAAAAUGGUGACCGUAAUUACACGGAAGUUGACCAACUCCGAUAAGAGGACUAAUGGAAUGAA